AUGCAGGGCCAGAACUGGUCCGGUCAACCCAUGGACCAGCAACAGAACUUCAAUCCGUCUUUUUUCAACGGCGAUGGCAACAUGGGCCAAGAGGCCAUGCAGAACAUGUUCCAGAAUGGCUCGCGCAACGACAUGGCCAACCAGGCCUUUGCCGGCUUCAAUCCAUCCGCCGCCGCGCAUAACUUUCAGCAGCAACAAUCCCAGAUGAUGAUGGCACAGCAUGCAUUCCAAAAUCGACAGAUGGAUGCCGAAGCCUCGCAACGCUUCGUUCAGUCUAUGGUGCCCAACGGCAUGGAUCCCGCCGCAUCCGCCGCCGCCGCUGCCGCCUACGGUCAUCUCGGCUUCAACGGCUCUGCAUCCGCUCCCGCAUCCAGACGUCAGUCGCAAAAGAACAAUGGCGACGCUUCGCUGGUCGGUGCAUCCGCCGACGGCGUCUGGACUGGCAUGCCCAAUGCAAUGCCCGACUACAUGCAGAAUGGCGCCGGAGCACACGCCAACAUGUCGAUGCGCGCGCCUUCCAAUGCCGAUUUCCGUGCCAGCGCCAACGGCUACGAGCCCGACGGUCCCAGCUCCAACAGCAGCGAGGAUUCAGCCCAAGGCAAGCGCAGGCGCAUGACCUUCACAGCGGCGCCCAUUCAACCCAACCAGACUCAGAACGGCAACAAGCCCGUCCUCCUACACAACGACAGCGGCUCCAGCAUGAGCGGCAUCAACAGCAUCGGAUCCACUCCUGCCCAGCUCCACGCUCCCGAUGGACAGCCAGCCCACUUUGCACGCCCGCCCUUCCGCCACCGCAGGUCACGCAGCGGUUCCGAAGCGGUCGGCCCGCCGGGUUUUGGACAGCGAUCGUUUAGCAGCAUCGAGCUCGGCUCGGGUCUCCAGGAUCCCUACGCAGCAGGCCUUGGCUACCCACAACCGCCCUCUUUAUAUCCAGCCGGCCAGCAGCACAGCCAUUCUUUCAACGGAUCGCAGGCGCUCGCCGCCAUGGGAGGCCAUGCUGCCAGUCACCCUCCGGGCCUCGGCAGCCAGAUCCUGCGCGGCGUCGAUGUGAGCGCCAGCGGCUCGUCGGCAGCCACCGACUUUACAAAACGUAAAGGCUGGACCGGCCGCGUCGUCGAAGAGCUUCUCGACUUUGUUCACGUCUUGGACCCGGAGGGCACCAUCCUCUUUGCGAGCCCCAGUGUGCAAGGUUUGACAGGCUGGAAGAGCGAGGAACUCAAAGGCCGCAAACUCACCGAGUUUGUGCAUCCGCAGGACGUCGCCUCGGUGGAGCGCGAGAUCGACCGGAUGCGAUGCAGCAAGGGCGAGCUGCUCACCUACUACCGCUUCAAGACCAAGACCAGCGCGAACCGCUCCAAGAAGGGCGAAAAGGGCACCAACGACAACGAGUCCUCCGCUGGCGACACGGGCGAGGAGAAGGAGCGCGGCAACGAGCGUCGAAGCGAGGUCGAGCACGCCGAGGCCUUUACGCGCGACGGAGACUACAUUGUCUUUGAGGCGACCGGCCACCCGUACUUCCCGCCCGAGCCCAUCGCUGCGACCAGCGACAAGGGUGGCGCCGAUGCGCCGCAGGAGCAGGACGAAGCAGGAGCAGACAAUGACAAGGUCGUCGCCAGCAACGGCGCCGACGCCGACUCCAAGGCAGGCUCUGUCGCGGUCAAGUCCGAGAAGAUGGCUCCCACCCUGUCGGUCAGCUCCAAGACGGGCGCGCAUCCGCUGAGCCAGGAGCAGACGCUGCAGACGCCCACAAGCGAUGCCACCAGCUCGUCACGCUCGCAGCUGCAGUGCUUCUUCUGCUCGGCCCGACCGUAUCCGAGCAAGAAUACAAGCAUGCUCGACUCGUUCCUCGAACUCAAGCUCGAGAACGAGAAGCUGCGUCUGCUGAUCGCCGACAUGGACCUCACCGGCCCGGAUCACGACCACGACCGCGAUUCCUUCGCGGCCGCCUACCACCCCGAUCUGUUAAAGCAGGAGCUCGAGAGCGAUUCCACGGGAGGAUGGGCGCAUGCGGUCAACCCCAUGUUUGGCGGCGCCGCCAUCGGUCCCGACGGCUGCAUCCUGCCGCCGCAAUCCGGACCGCGUCCCGGCGAGGCCUCGCGCCAGAACUCGAUCGCAUCGCAUCCGACGAGUCCGGUGAUGCGCACCAACAGCGCGCGGGACGAGGUGCUUGCUGGACUCGGCGUUUCGGCGGGCGACGAGUCGGACGAGGAUGGCGGCGCCAGUCAGGGCGUCGCUGGCAUGGGCGGUGCGGACGGGGCUGCAAACGCCGCCGACGAAGCACGACGCAAGAAGAAGCCCAAGCAGGACGACGGCGAUCAUGUGUGCACGGACUGCGGGCGUGUCGACUCGCCCGAGUGGCGCAAGGGUCCGCUGGGCCCCAAGACGCUGUGCAAUGCGUGCGGUCUGCGCUGGGCCAAGAAGAUCAAGCGCAAAGGCGGCGAUCCCAACGUGGCCGCCGGCGCCAUGAUGGUGCAGGGAGGUGGAAUGCCGCCUGCGGGCGGUGUGCCUGGCGGCGUCGGUAUGAACGUCGGCAUGGGCAACCACAUGAUGCCGCACGGACACGGCAUGGCGCACGGCCACCCGCAUCCCUUCAACCGCGCCGAGAGCGGGCAGAUGCAGGGGAUCCAGAUGGCGCCGCCGGGUUCCAUGCCGCCGGGCAUCAACAUGCAGGGCAUGAUGGCGUCGUCGCCCAACGGAUUUGCAGCGCGCGGCUCGUUUGACGAGAACCCGCAUGCGAACCAGAACAAUAUGAUGAACAGCAUGGGCGGAGGUCACAUGUGA